CCCCGAGACAAGCAGAUUGUGCUCUUCAUAACAAAUGAUAACUCAGUAACACUGAUUAAUAGAUUAGAUGACUCUGUAUAUAAAGUGACGAGACAACUGUGUAUAUAUCGGUCAUUGUCCUUGGUCACAAAUGGAUAACCUGACAUUCAGAUACAGUGUACUCUUACUGGAAGGACUGCAAGUUACACCACAGUCCAGCAAGCUCAUGUUCAUUAUUCUGUUGAUAGCUUAUGUCUUUGUGAUGGUGUCUAACAUUUGGAUUUUGAUUCAGAUCUCAGCAGAAAAAAGUUUACACCAGCCUAUGCACAUUCUUUUCUGUCACUUGCCAGUGAGUGAUAUUAUGGGAACAACUGUCCUCAUACCACGUUUACUGAAGGACUUAUUAACAGACCCCUCUGAGCGCUACAUCACAUAUGUGGAGUGUGUUUUCCAAGCAUUUUUUACACAUUUAUAUGGAACAACAUCCAAUACUAUUCUAAUGAUCAUGGCCUUUGACAGAUAUGUGGCCAUAUGCAAUCCAUUGCGAUACCCAACUAUAAUGAGCAAUAAAAUGAUAGUUAAACUGUCAGCAGGAGCCUGGGGUGCUGCAGUAGUUCCGGUGUCCAUUCUGAUUGGCCUUAGUGUGCGUCUGUCUCACUGCAGAUCAUUCAUUCCAAACCACUCUUGUGACAACGCUUCACUAUUUAAACUGUCCUGUGAAAACACAGUGAUUAAUAAUGUAUAUGGAUUAAGUUUUACUGUGGUUUUACUCACCUCCUCAUUGGGGUGGGUGUUAUUGACAUAUCUCAGAAUAGCAAUAGUAUGUAUAAAAAGCAAAAACAAAGCAACCAACAGCAAAGCCAUUAAAACCUGCAGCACUCACUUAGCUGUUUAUAUUAUUAUGCAGAUUUGUGGAUUUGUACCAAUAUUUCUCCAUCGUUUCCCAGAAUAUGCUGAGAGUAGGAAGUUUGGGAGUGUAAUGUUUCAUGUUAUACCACCAGGAUUGAAUCCCAUAAUAUAUGGUUUACAAGCCAAGGUAAUAAGACAAAGAAUGUUAAAACUUUGCAUGAAAAAAGUUAAUUCCAGCUAAUUUUAAUUUAUUAAAAUAUUGAUUUAUGCAAUAAAGCAGCUACUGUUAUGAUGUGAACAUUUUCUUUGAGUGCAAAUUUGAAAUUGUAAAUACUUCGAGAAUUCAAGAAUUUCCUGUGUGUAUAGGCAUAGCAGACAAAGCAGGUCACAUGUAAAGACAUGUAUAACAUAAUUAUGUGAUAAAUAUCAGCAUAAUU